UCCAAUCUUGGAAGUUGUGUCGCGGUUAUCUGGCAGGACACGUGUCGUUUCCGCACCCCUCCUCCUCCUCUGUUUCCUUUUUGCUGCCUCCUCAAUACUCACCAAGUACUCUCACUCGUUACCUUACUAGUUACCACCUGAUAUGUUAGUUUGUAUGCAUGAACUACGAAGAGAUACACAAAUCGGCGCCGUGCACGGCGGACGGUAGGUUUUCCGAUGAUAAACUGGUGGAAUUUGAGUGGGAAGCGGCGGAGGCGUUAGCUCGUUUGUCGCAUCCGGUGACUGGCGAUGUUCAACUCUGCAUGGACGCCCGGGAUGCAGCUGGCUUAUAUUCGACAGAGCAAGAAAUAGCCAUUCAGUCUGAGGAUGAAUCUGAACUCGAUACAAGUCUUCUAUGUGCUUCAAAUAAUCCACCAGUUACCAGCGGCAAAUUGAGGCAGGAUUUGACUGAGGCGGAGAAGGAAGGAAGGAGGCUGCGCCGUGUAUUUGCAAAUAGAGAAUCUGCGAGGCAGACAAUUCGCCGAAGACAGGCCAUGCAAGAGGAAUUGACAAGAAAAGCAGCAGAUCUUGCAUUGGAGAACGAAAAUUUGAAGAAGAAUAAGGAGCUUGCUGCUGCGGAGUAUAGUUCUUUGAGGAACAAAAAUAAUAGCUUAAAAACGCAGAUGGCUAAAAUAGUUAAGGCGGAAGUUCAAGAAACAGACGAUGAGUCUAAGUUGAUCACAUCUGUGGAAACUCCUAGUACUUCGACUACAUUCCCAACUUUCCUCCAUAACCAAACUCAGGCAACGCCGUUCUUCUGGUCCUUUCAACCUUUAGAUGGUCUACCAUUACAAAGUGGUUCGCAAAGUAUUUCUGGUAUUACACGACAGCUGCCUAUACCUCUUGGAGAAUUUAAACCGUCUGACCAAUUAACUAGAAAGUCACGUGAUGAUGAACAAGCCAGAGACUCCUUUAUAUAUACUUCCGUUCCCUUGGCCGAUGCCAUUCCAUGCGCAAAGUAAUCCAUUUUAUCCACCGUCCUCAAAUCAUAAUGACCAACACGGGACUUCUGUUGUUCAUUUAUGUAGUACUUCAACUCCAAGAACCACGGUCAACAUGGAGAACCACCUAACAACUCCUCUGAAAGUUGAAACAGAAACUACUGACUCAAUGGAUACUAUAUAUUCAUAGAGACAUCCUUCACGAAGCUGACAGUGCUUAUCUACGAAAUGAAGGUGCAUCUGAAGGAAGAGAGCAGAUAUUAGGGGUUCGGUCUAAAGGGAUGUUCCAGAUGACUGCUACUUCAAGUCCUUCCAUACAACCAGUUAUUGCUAGACAAAGUGACGACCCUCAACAAGACAAAGUUACUUCUUCUGCUCGUGGACACGUAGCCGGUGCCUUCCCUAAAAUGUAUCAAGAACGUCUUUCAUGCUCUAGCAACGCUUCUGCAGAUGCCAUUAUAGCAGCAAAGGCCCGUAGGAAGAGGAAGGAGCUUAUGAAAUUAAAAAGCCAGUGUUAUUAUCAGUUCCAUUAAACCGGUAAGGUUCUAAGGCAUGAGAUUAGCAGAAAAGAGAAAGAAUAAAUUACUAGAGAUCAAAUUACUAUGUUUUUUUACCAUUGGAGAUUUACUUCUGUAUGAGGUGGUGAUGGUAAUGAAUAAUUGCUGAGCCACAGAGAGGACCAAGCUCAAGUACUUUUCUCCACUGGAUUUUGGUUUGAGUUGUUUCUCUUUUUCCCCAUAUUCUCUUCAGUAUCUGUUUGCUGUAUGUCUUUUGGUGCUAAACCAUUGAAACUGUCGAGGCUAUACUUUUGUAGAACCAGUAUGUUAUAACUUUGUAACGUGAUUCAUGCAUUAAUUAUCUA